AUGUCUGUCCCCAUUUCGAACUCAAUGCAUAAUACCGACCGCCGAUCUUCCAAGGAUAGGAAGCAUUACCUGGGUGUACUUGGUCUCGAUGAAGCAGAAGAAGCCGUUUUUAAAGAGAAGAUCCUCGCCUUGGCCAAAGUUUACUUGGACAUGCAUAAGCCGGUCAGUCAGCAGAUAGAGGAUUGGGAGCUGUAUAUACAGCAAGUAUGCACACACUUUGGGGAUGAUUUGGGAGAGCAUAAGACCGGCCAACCCGUUCGCCGAUAU